AUGAAGCACUUCGAGCCCUGGGCAGCCUUCACUGUGCUCCUCUUCACUGCUGCGCUCUGGGAUUCCUGCUCAGCAGCAGCUGAAGCCAUCUCCAAUGUUUCAGGAAGCUCCACGAUCGCAACUGAGAUCGAAGCACCAUGUCUUAACGUGAACUUCUGCGCGCAGGCAGCCGUGUGCUGCCCGUCGGGCAUGGACGAUUACGGGUGGAUUGCAGCGGCCGUUGGCUGGAGCCUCUGGUUUCUGACUCUCAUCUUGCUCUGCAUGGACAAGAUCAUGAAACUCCGGCCUGACGAGCCCAAAUACUUGGUGGCCUGA